AUUCUUAACUGUGUCGUUUUCGUGGGUCGUGUUGACGUAUAUUAUUGAAACGGAUUAAACGAAAAGAGCGAACGGUGACGAGAAUGAAUCAAGAUCAGGAGGUACCCGCGACAACUACGGAUUUGACGCGAUUGCCCACCGAAGAGUUCAACAGAUUGAACGAACCGCUUCAAACGGUUGUCUCGGGAUAUUGCCCCGUUAAUUAUUCGGCGACUCAGGCGCAGACGUCCACCGACAACAAGUUACAUCCCGAAAACGAAAUAUACUCCGAGCAGGAAUACAGACAGGAACCUUGGCUUCAAGAUGGUAGCGGUUGCGAGACGGAGGACAGCGAGCAAUACGUGCCGGAGUUUCAUCGAAUGUCAAAUGUCAGCGUAAAGCAGGAAUCUGCGAAUUGUAGGAGAAUCAACGAUUCCAAUUACACGCAAUAUCAAGCAUCGAUUAAUCAUUCGCACGGCCAAGGCAGUAUCUUCCUCGAUCUCGAUCCAGACAACCGUCCAAACUGCUUUGGAAAUGGAAAACUGAAUUCGCGGACAAGCGAUGUCGCGAAACGCAUCGCGGUAAAGGAGGAACCGACGGACAGAGGAUACGGGGAACCGAUACCCGUAACGAACAUAGCCACGUCGGCUUCGAUGGCCCAGGAAAACCGAAGCAGCAAUAACUUGGUAUAUCAGCAGCAACAACAGCAAUACGGAAACGGAACGAGAAACGCCAGAGGUUCCCCGUCGCCUAACCGACCAGCUAGCACGUCUUCCGCUGCAUCUCAAUGGCACUCGACCGUGUCGGCGUCGAGCGGCGACGCUUUCUUUCCGCGACAGGAAAACUGGAGCUCGGACGUCUACGGGAAAAGAAGCGUGACACCUACGUGGACCGAGCUAGGGGUUCAAUUAGAUCCGAGAACGUCCACGUGGGAGAAACAAGGAAACUGUUACCAGAAGAAGGGAUCUCCGACCUCUUGGAACGUAGAUUAUGCCAGCAAGAGGCCAUCUUCGACGACAGGAGUGUCACCCUGGAGCGAAAUGACCGUUGGUUAUCAACAGCAACGUCGCGGUUCUCUUCAGCUCUGGCAGUUCUUGGUAACCUUGCUAGACGAUCCCGCAAAUGCACCUUGUAUCGCAUGGACCGGUCGUGGAAUGGAGUUUAAACUGAUCGAACCCGAAGAGGUGGCACGUAGAUGGGGCGUUCAAAAAAAUCGACCGGCGAUGAAUUACGACAAACUGAGUAGGUCGCUGAGGUAUUACUACGAGAAAGGAAUAAUGCAAAAGGUAGCAGGCGAAAGAUACGUCUACAAAUUCGUCUGCGAUCCGGAAGCGUUAUUUAAUAUGGCGUACGGCACUGGAGGAUCGUCCAGUCUUCCUGGCCAAGUACGGAACGGCGUUCGAAGUCAGUCCAUGUCCGGCAAGAUAUCGUCCACGAAUGAUGUCUCCGAAUUGAGAGAACAUCCUACUGCUGGAUACGGGGACGCAGUUCUCGCUAUGUACUCGAAUAGUGCGGCAGUGUACGGAUCGCCCAGCUUACACCAUCUGCACCAGUACCUCGGUGGUAACGACGGUUUCAAGACACCGCCAAACAGAUAUCAUCCUCAUUACUCGCACGAGUACAAUGCCAACCAUCAUCAUCCGCCAUCGAGCUACGCAGAGACCUUUCUGAACUACAGCCGUUUGUCGUCUCACGAUGCGUCAACCGAGUCUAGAAGUCAAGAAUUACCGAGGCUCCUGUACGGUCAGGAAACGGACAGUACCAGCAGGGAGCGAGACGCGUCAUCGAUUUUGUACGACGGCGGUGCCGCUGCUGCCGCCGCCGCCGCCGCCGCCGUCGCCGUACAGAGAACACAAUUACCGGCUGUUCCGACAUUCUCGCAGCCAACCUUGCUCGACGCUACCACAACCACCACCGCUACCUCGAAAAUUGAGCAAACUUCGUACGCUUGCCUCGGUGUAGGGAGCUGCGUCUGCUGAAUUUCACGUAGCAUUAUCGAAAACUGACGAGUCAGAGAUUGAUUCUCCAAAUGUUCUCUACGCGCUUCGAACAAAAUCAAUUGGACGCGAAAAGCCACAUUUUCGGCUAUAAAUGAAGAUUUUAGUCGAAAGUUUAGUCGAAAAACAAAGAGAAAUUACCACGAAACGGUAUGGUAGGGUAAAUGGAAACGCACAAAGAGAGUAAGGAUUGUCGUUUAACAGACUCGAACAACCACGUGAUUUUCUUGUUUGAUCCGCCUACGGUGGUAAAUCGUCUCGAAUACGGGUGAAAAUUGAAAAAGGAUGUCGAGAGUAUUGCUUCUUACAAAUAAACGUACAUAUAUCGACCGUAUACGUGUUUGUCGAUGGCCGCACGACAUCAUAAAUUAGGCGGAAAUUCGUUAGCGAUCGUAGAAAUAAAUGGUAGACAAUUGGAUCUUCUGUAUGUAGACUACUUGGAAUCAUUUGGUCGGCCAUUCGCGUGACAAUCGGCAAACGUGAAAUGUAAAUGGUCGUAUUUCGAUUGUGCAUACGUGUUCGUAUGAACCUGUAAAUAGAUAUCUUGUAGUCGUGGAGAUCCGGCUGUGCUCGUGGUCGUUGUUACGAGCUCGAGUAGUACUAAGUCAUUGGAUGCACUGUAAUUUCUGUAAAUAACAAAUAAAUCUCUAUCGGAAUAUUAGAUUUCAAUUCGUUCGAGGAUUCGUUCGAGCUUUUUCGUUUAUCGGUCCUACCAAACUUAUCUUCGUCUUAUGUAGGUAUCGAUGAUAGAAAGAUGACAACGCGUGCAACGUUUAUCAACGAAAGCAACGAGUGAAAACUGAUGUCUCGUUUGUGAACAUCGGUGAUUCGAGGCGGAUUCCGGUGACUUUGCCACUGUUAAUCGAACGGUUGGAAGAAACGAAGCCGUUUUUCGAUUCAACCCAAAGCUUGAUACGGCGUAAUUAAUAGCCGGAUGAUCGGU